AUGUACUUUAAAACCCCGUUGAACACCAAUCGUUUGUUACUCUUGCUUUUUGGAGCACCGGGGACGGGAAAAGGAACUUAUGGGAAGCGGUUAGCGGCCGAUUAUGGCCUCGCCCAUCUUUCUACCGGUGACCUAUUGCGUGGAGAGAUCCGAAGGGAGUCCACACUUGGCAACCAGAUAAAAGAUGCGGUGUUAACCGGUUCGAACGUUGGCGAUGACACCAUUUGUCGAAUCGUCAGUGUCGAAUUAGAGAGACACUGCAGAAGCGUGAUUUUGGACGGCAUUCCUCGCACCGCGUUUCAGGCACGCUUCGUAAAAUCUGUCGCGUCCUCGUUACGGUUGCCCCUCGUAGGGGUCGACCUCACUCUCGAUCGCAGUAUUUUGAUUCAACGCUUAUUAGGUCGAAGGCAUUGCACCUAUUGUAACAAAGAUUAUAACACCUGUACUAUAAACAUAGGGGACUAUGUGAUGGACGCCAUCUUGCCAUCAAAGAAUGACAUCCUGAGGUGUCCGGGUUGCUCCGACUUAAAGCGCAGGAAAGAUGACACAGAGGACGUUAUAGAACGUAGAUUAACAAUAUACGAAAAUGACCGGGCGGAGAUUCUAGCUGCGCUAAAAGGGGUGCCUAUAAUGACUUUCGAAGUAAAACGCGGAUUAGAAGAGUAUUAUAAGUUUAAAGAUCAACUUGAGGGCUUCGUAAACGAACACAUACAGUGA